CCGUCCUGGGCAACUUCCUGGACGUGCCCGGACGCGCCGGCAGGAUCCAGCCUUGGUUCCAGGCCAUGAUCGCCAAGUACGGCUACCUGCUGCGGUUCUGGUUCGGGCCGAAGCUCGUGGUGUGCGUGAUCGACCCCAAGGACGUGGAGGCGGUCAUCUCGUCGCCGAGCUGCGCGGCCAAGCCGGACAGCGCGUACCGCCUGCUGGAGACGGUGCUGGGCAAGGGCAUGGCGUCGCUCAACGGCCCCGAGCACCGCCGCCACCGGAAGAUGAUCCUGCCGCUGCUGCAUCGCGACAUGCUCGCCCAGUUCCAGCCCCUCAUGCACCUGUCCGCCCUGGAGCUGGCCGACAGCCUCGCUGACAAGGCCGCCAGCGGGGAGGUGUUCGACGUGUCCAUGCUGUGCGGCCUGGCGGCGCUCAACGUCACCUACCGCACCAUCCUGGACGUCGACCAGGGCCUGUACGAGGCGACGCGAGAGCAGCGCCGCCUGGUGGUGGAGAGCACGACCAGGGUCUCGGAGCUGCUCUGGUACCGCGUGGUGCGGCCGUGGCGCCACCCCGACUGGCUGUUCCGGCUGGACCCCAACCACGCCGAGCUGGAGCAGGUCAUCGGUCUGUACGACCGGCUCAUCACGGACGUCCUGGACGACAAGCUGGACAAGAUGUCGGAACCCAGGCAGCAGCAGUCACGGCGGUCGCUGCUGGACAUCCUGCUGGACUCGGAGGGCGGCCGGACCCUCUCCAGGGCGGAGGUGUUCGCCGAGCUCAAGACCAUGGUGGCGGGCACGUUCGCCACCUCCAUGGACGUCAUGUCCAUGGUGCUGCUGGUGCUGUCCCUGCUGCCGGACGAGCUGGCGCGGAUACACCGAGAGCUGGAUGAUGUGCUGGGCGACCGGCCGCUGGAGACGGCCGACCUGGACCACCUGUGCGCGCUGGAGCGGCUCAUCAGGGAGGCGCUGCGCUACUACCCGCCGUUCCCCGUGCUGGGCAGGACCUGCGAGAAGGACCUGCGGCUGCCGUCGGGACACACGCUGCCGGCCGGCUGCUACAUCGCGCUCUGCCCGCUGGCCACGCAGUGGCACCCAGAGUACUACCCGCGGCCGGAGAAGUUCGACCCGGACCGCUUCCUGGCCGAGGCCGCGGCGGCGCGCCCGGCCUGCUCCUUCCUGCCGUUCAGCGCGGGCAUCCGGGGCUGCAUCGGCGAGCGGUACACCUUCAUGCUGCUCAAGACGUGCCUGGCCACCGUGCUGCGGCGCUACGACGUGCUGCCCGACCCGGACGGCCCCAAGGAGGUCCAGCGCAUCAAGAUGACCGUGUCCAUCACGUUCCACCCCAAGAACGGCUGCAAGCUGCGGCUGCGGCAGCGACAGCGGCCGCCCGCGGGAGGCUAG